AUGGCUACCACGACUAUGGAACGCGGCUAUCACAACACAUCAUCGUCAUAUGUCCUUCCCAAUGACGCCAUUGAGCAGGAUCGACUCGAUGCGCAAGCCGAUGCCAUUACGCCUCCCAAAGCAGUCGAUAUUGGCUGCGGAACUGGUAUUGCAACCAUUCAUCUGGCUGCUAUGCUCCCCAGCGCAAACGUGGUCGGCGUUGACAUUACUCCUGUUCCCGCACCUGCACUUGCUGCUGCCUCGCCCAAUCUGCAAUGGGAGACUGGUAAUAUUCUAGAUGUGGACAUGGAGAAGCAGACGGACAGCCUCAGCCGUGGUGCAUUGGCACCAAACUCUAUUGGCUACUUCUUUGGACGCAUGUUGUUCCUGGGUAUCAACGACUGGCACAAGUACCUCCAGGUUGCCAGCCUCAUGCUUCAGGACCAAGGCAUCAUUGAGCAUCAGGACCUAGAUUGGAAGUUCUAUCAAGCCGUCGAGAAGGCCGGUCUAUCCGAAAUUUCUGGAUCCAAUGCGGCCUGUCUCAUGGAGACGGCUGGUCUGAAAGUUAUUGAAGCUCGGAAGUUUGAGUUUUCGUUUGUCCCGUCGGGCAAGUCUCCCAACAGUCAAGCAAUGGGUCGAUACAUGCAAGCGAAGCUGAUGUUAAACUAUCCAGAGCUGAUGGGAAAACUACUAGGGUUGCUGGACAUUGCCCACGACGAAGUGGAACAGCUCAUCCGCGAUGCUUUAAGAGACCUGUCAUCUGAGGAAAGAAUUCAUCAGAAAUACACUGUCACUAUUGCAAAGAAAGCAUGA